UUCCUGUGUACGUUUCGAGGGGGUUGAACCGGAGUUUUUAAACUUUACCGAACAGGACCUGCCCCAACUCCCCACCCAGCUGUGGUCCACCAAAGCAAAGCGAACUUGGCCCAGAGCAAAGAGCAGACGCAGCGGGCCGAACCGGUCCGGGUUUGGUGUAGAAUUUCUCUUAGUGAAACCUCUGCUUUUUGAGCGCGUGCGUGUUUUGCAGUCCUAGUGCUCUGUAUCCUCUUCAAGCUGAGUCCGGUCCGGCUUGGACCGGAACCGGCACCCAUGGAUCCUUUACCCGAGGGGUCCAGAACCGCCGCGAGCUCGGUGAAGCGCUGGGUCGACCCGUCCUUCAGUGAGCUGUCAGCACAAAGUUCUGAUCCGUUUCUCUGGUCCAAAACGGACACGAAGAAUCCGAAGAAAAGGAAAGGGGGGGCUUUCAGCUGUCAGCGGUUGGAGUCUGACCAGGGGGGCCAGGAUGAGUCGUGGGUGGACAGGUAUUCGCCGCAGUCACAGGCGGAACUGGCCGUCCACAAGAAGAAGGUGGAGGACGUGCAGACCUGGAUGAACGCUCACAGGUCGAAGGGCGGCAUUCUGGUUCUGACUGGACCGUCUGGCAGUGGGAAGACGGCAACAGUCCGGGUUCUGAGUCAGGAGCUGGGCCUUAAAGUUCAGGAGUGGACCAACCCUUCAAAUGUGGAACCGUACAGCAGCUGGCAGAACGCUGACUGGAGGAUCGAUGGGCUUACCUACAGCUCCCAGGUGACGCAGUUCAGGGAGUUCCUGCUUCGAGCCUACAAGUACGGCUGCCUGAGCAUGGCGGGAGAUGGAGGAGCUGCAGGCAAGAAGCUCAUCCUGGUGGAGGAUUUUCCCAACCAGUUCUCCCGGCAGCCUAGCAGUCUGCACGAUCUCCUGAGGCGCUUUGUCAGGAUCGCCCGCUGCCCCCUGGUGUUCGUCGUGUCGGAGUCAGUAAGUGGAGACGGCAGCGUACGCUCGCUUUUCCCCAGAGAGAUCCAGGAGGAGCUGCACAUCAACUGCAUCAGCUUUAACCCCGUGGCUCCCACCUCCAUGAUGAAGGUCCUGGGUAGCAUUUCAGCCCAAGAGGCGGUCAAGAGCGGUGGCAGGACGAGCGUCCCGGGCCAAGCGGAGCUGGAGGCGCUGUGCUCAGGAAGCGCCGGUGACAUCCGCAGUGCCAUCAACAGUCUGCAGUUCUUAUGCCUGCUAGGCUCCUCUGGGAACUCAGGUGUGUCCAGAACCAAGAAAGACAGACCUGCAUCAGGUAGAAGAGGAGCCUCCAGAAGCAACCAGAAGACCAAGAAGACAAAGACUGUGAAGGAUCAGGAGGAGGAGCGAGCCAUUGGAGGGAAAGAUGCAGCUCUGUUCCUGUUCAGAGCGCUGGGCAAAAUCCUGCACUGCAAACGAGGCGGGCACACGGAGGUUCCCAGCCCCGCCUUACCGCCUCACCUGCUGCAUCACUGCAGAGAAGAUCUGCUGGUGGAGCCAGAGGUGGUUGUUGAGCGCUCGCACGUGUCUGCAGAGAUGUUCAACCUCUACCUGCACCAAAACUACCUGGACUUCUUCUCGGAGGUGGAGGACGUGGAGAGAGCCAGCGAGUACCUAUCUGAUGCCGACCUGCUUGCUGCCGAUUGGACGAACCGCAUCAUCCUGAGGGAUUACAGUUCUUCAGUGGCCGUCAGAGGGAUCCUGCACUCAAACUCCCACCAGGUCUCUGUGGGAUUUAGACCACUGCACAAACCUGCCUGGCUACAGGUCAGCACCAAGCAUCGUGAAAACUGCCUGGCAGCUCGCCAUCUCUUCAGAGACUUCUGUCUUCCCGCAGCCUGCCUGCAGGUGGAGCUGCUGCCCUACCUGGCGAAGCUGACCAACCCCAUGAGGAACCACACACAGAUCACCUUCAUCCAGGAAGUGGGUCAGAUGUCACUGAGGAAACACCCUUCCAGAGUGAAGUUAGAGACACUGACCGAUAAGGAGACUGCCCCAGAAGAGGAAGAGGAGAAAGAGGACAGGGGUCUGGUAGAAGGUCAGGACCAGAGUGAGGAGGCUCUGACAGCCAGUCAGCCCAAACCAACCCUGAGCCGAGCUCUUCUGGAGGACGAGGAAGUGUCGAUAGAAGAGUAUUCUAGUGACUGACGGAGGACCUGCUGCUUUGGAGGACUGGUCAUGACUGUGUUCAACGGAUGGUUGGAACGAAGCAGCUGUGCUCCUCUUCAGGAGAACUGGCCCUGAGCAGCUGCUCUGUCAACGUUCGGCCGUUCGGUCUGGCUCGCUUCGAUCACGUCAAGAAUGGAAAACAGCUGAUAGAAAUGUUCUGCAAUGUUCUUUCUUCCGCAGGUUUCUUCAGACGCUCCACUAGCUAGCAGCUCAGCAGUUCACCACAUUGGUGUCUAGCCUGUAAUUCCUGAGGAACUUAAUGCUUCCUCAGACCUGUGGUUGUUCUGAAAGUUAAUUAAAAUGUUAGAAAACAG